AUGGCUGAGAGAUCCAAAUGGACUUCAUCACCUGAUUCCUCCAAUGAGAAUUCCCCAGCAGUGCCCCCAGAUGAACAGGGUCAGGGUGAUGCCCCACCGCAACAUGAAGAUGAGGAACCUGCAUUUCCACAUACUGACCUGGCAAAGUUGGAUGACAUGAUCAACAGGCCUCGAUGGGUGGUUCCUGUUUUACCAAAAGGAGAAUUAGAAGUGCUUUUGGAAGCUGCCAUUGAUCUCAGUAAAAAAGGCCUUGAUAUUAAAAGUGAAGCAUGUCAACGUUUUUUUACUCUCAGAGGAUCUCUAAUUAGACUCACAGCAGACUUCUAA